UAGCGCGAUGGAGGGGGUGCUCGCUGCUCGCAUUGUCUGUCGGGACGGUGGCGGUGAAUGUCUUCCGUCUGUCAGAAACGCUCGCUGAUGCCCAUUAAGGCUUAUUAGUGUAUAAAGUAACGUUAGACCCGUACUGGAGAUAGAUUCGCAAGCGUCAGUGAUCCUUUUUCUUCCUUCCUUCAUUCGUUGAGUUUCUGAAACGGUAAGACAAACCGACCCUAACUAGCUAGAGCAAGCGCUUGUUGCGUUCAGCCGGCGAGAGGAGGAGAGGAGUGGCGGAUCGGGCGAGGAGGCGCACGGCGCUUGAUCGCAGAGCCAAAGGCGGCCGAUGACUUCGGAGAGCAGCAGCCAAGCGCAACAGAAGGAGGAGGUCGAGCCGGGAUCAAUCGCCCGAGAUCAAGAGGAGAAAACCGGAGAGGACCAAGGCGGCAUGGUGACCACCAAGGGGGCCAGUCUGAAUCCCAAUGCUAAAGUGUGGCAGGAAGUGUCUGCACCAACCACCCAGGCUGCAGAGGCAGCCACAGAAACGUGCCUUUGGCCACAAGCAGAUACUGUCUCCACAGAGGAGUCGGAAGGUUUCAAGGAGUAUGGUGUUGGCUAUGGUGACUCUGAGUCAGCCCCUCCUAUGGAGAACAGCAUGUUGAAUGGCAUGGAGUCCGCAGAACUGGCCUACCCUCUCUACGAACCAGUGGAGGGUGAGACGGUCGAGGAGCAGCCUCCGCUGUCUGAAGGGAGUCUGAAGGAGUCACUGAAGAAGCAGCUGGAAUUUUGCUUCUCAAGAGAGAAUCUCUCCAAGGACCUUUACCUGAUGUCUCAGAUGGACAGUGAUCAGUUUGUCCCUAUUUGGACUAUUGCAAGCAUGGAGGGGGUCAAACUGCUGACUACUGAUAUGGACCUGAUACUUGAGGUGCUACGAGCUUCUCCCAUGGUGCAGGUGGAUGAGAAAGGUGAGAAGGUACGGCCAAACCACAAGCGAUGCAUCAUCAUCCUCAGAGAGGUUCCUGAGACCACGCCUGUAGAGGAGGUGGAGGCCCUGUUUAAAAGUGAAAAGUGUCCGCAGGUUAUCAGUGUGGAGUUUGCGCACAAUAACAACUGGUACAUCACAUUCCAGUCUGACACUGAUGCUCAGCAGGCCUACAGAUACUUGCGUGAGGAAGUCAAAACCUUUCAGGGCAAACCAAUUAUGGCUCGAAUCAAGGCCAUAAACACGUUCUUUGCUAAGAACGGUUAUGGGGCCGUUGACUCUGGGGUUUACUCCACUCCAUCACAGUACUCGUCUCCAGUUUACCUGCAGCAGGUGUACCAGCCUCCACAGCAGUACCCUCUCUAUAGCCUCCUGCCACAGACAUGGACCCCCUCACCGACCCCUUACUUUGAAACGCCACUGGCUCCAUUUCCCAACAGCACAUUUGUUAAUGGCUUUGGCACAGCAGGAAACUACAAAACUGGCUCCUCUCCAAUCAGCCUUACGCGCAACUACCCCCGCAACCGGAAUCAUGUAAAGCCACAGCCUCAUGCUGACGUGUGUCAGCUGACAGAGACUUCGUCUGGUACCGAUAGUCCCCAGCCUCCAUGCACUCCUACUUCAGACACCACUGCCUCCUCCCUCACGCCGCUCUCUGAACCGCCAGUUUCCCCCAGAGAGAACCACCACUCAGACCUCGGCAUCAGCAGCCGGGCCAGGAGAGGAAGCUAUCGUGGUAUGAGGAAGAGAAGAGAAGAUGAGAGAACGAGGCCGAAUCCUGAAUCAGAAGUGAAAGCUCCACCCCCUAAGUUUGACCUCGCAACCACUAACUUCCCGCCAUUGCCAGGAGGUGUCCCGAGUCGUCUGCCAGGGGUGACCACGCAAACUGAGUCGGUGUUGGAAAAUCGCAUGGCAGAUGUAGUUAAGGGCAUUAGCAGGGACAAGCCGGAAACAUGUAAGCAAGAUGUCAGUCAAGAUCCUGGAACAUGUCCAGUGGAAGCUCAAUCGACCGGACCCUCUACUCCAGCGCCAAAGCUUCCUGCCACAAAACAGGACACACCUACCACUAGUACGUCAAAUCAAGUGAAGAGACCUGAGAAAGAGGUCCAGGUCUCCGACACACCUCCGGACCAUGCGUCGGUGACUACAAAGCAUGUCCAGCCCAUUUCUGCCCCCAAACCUUCACGCAGCCAAUCAAGCACUUCAAGCACUGCAUCUACACCACCUGUCCUAACAAGCACAACUGUCCAGGAGCCUCGGAAGCUGAGCUAUGCGGAGGUGUGUCAGAGGCCACCCAAAGACCCACCCCCUGCACCGGCUGCCCCGCCCAGCCCCAGCCCCAGCCCCACCCCUUCUCCCACCACAAACCAACCACUACGUGAACUUCGCGUCAACAAAGCUGAAGGCCCAGCCUCAUCCCGCUGCAGUCCUGGCGAGAAACUGGAGAAAGGAAAUGAGAGUCGGACGUCCAGAGAGCAGACUGGCUACCAACGUGGUAACGGCCCCAGAGGGUCAAGUUUUAAGCUCAGAGAGCAACAGAGAUGGCCUCUACAGGGUCGGCGCUCCUCUCCACAGACGGGGUACUACAGACGCAGUGGAAAAGAACAAAACAUCCCACCCAGAUCGCCAAAGUAAUGCCUCGUAUGCCCACAACACACAUGCACUCUUGUGUGUAUGCUUAGAUACACAACUUAUAUAUAUAUGAAAGUAAGAGUAUAUAAAUCUAUAUAUAUAAAUAUCUAUAUAUAAAUCUACAUAUGAAAACUGGACUGUCGCACUGUGGUGUCGAAGAACCCUCUGCUUCCCAAAUGACUGCGAUAUCUGGGAAGUUCCUUAAAAAUACAGAAGAAAUAUAGGAAUUUAAGAUGGAAAAACCUCUUACACUUGAAAGGAGAAAUGGAGACUAUGCUUCCUGUGUUGUCUGUGAUUUACAUCAAUUAAUUAGCUUGUGAAUGAGUUUUGAUUUUACUUGGGGUGUUUAAGGUCCUGGCACUAGUGUACAACGCUGUACAUUUAUUUAUAUAUAUAUAUAUAUAUAUAUAAAUGGUAGUAGUACUGUUGGUGAGAAAUCAAGCCAGCACAUGUUCUCCAUAUGCAACAGAUCACACAAAGACAGCAUGGCAACACCCCACCGGUCCAUGAGUCACCUGUGUAUUUUUUCUUUUUUUCUUCUUCUCCCCACUACUUCCUAUGUUUGCACCAGUCCUAAAAGGGGCUGGGGAAAAAUUUUUAUUCAGAUGUGAUGCUUUUAAAAAUGAAA